AUGGACUUACGUCGCGACAGCGGAGACGCCGUAGACCAGGAUGAAGAGCAGCUCGAGCUUCACAUCCCAGACAAAUUUGAUCUGAAGCGACCAGCAGUCCAGUUCACUCAUGAGACUCAUGCAAUAAGUAUUCACGAUCACGUCCUGGAUGGAACGCUCCCAUUUUCCAGGGACAGACCAUGUGUACUAGACACGCCCGAAGAACUCGACAUAUUACUCGCCGGUCCCGAAGCUCCAAAGUGCCUGGACGACUGGCUAUACUCGGACAGGCCUGCGCUGGCCGUCCAUGUCAUCACCUUUGUUGAUGCCACAUUCGUCACACUCAACUACUCUCACAGCCUGGUCGAUGGUGUGGGUAAACGUGAGAUAAUCACAAAUUGGUGCAAGGUGCUCGCUGGGCAGCUAGGAGAUGUUAGUCCCUUGGCUGGCUGGGACGAAGACCCAAUGAAUAUAAUAUGCCGCUCUCCAUCAGCAGACGAGGAGCGUUAUAUUCACGUGGACAAUCGGCUCACUGGCUGGCACAAAUGGUACUGGGUUUUCCGGUUCAUCGUGGAUCGAUUGAAGAAUCGGAAUAAUUAUAGGCAGCGCAACGUCUUCAUCCCCGCCUCAACAAUGGCUCGACUACGGCGAGAAGCUGAGGUUCAUGCUACGGACAAGACCUACCUCAGCGAUAAUCAACUCCUGACAGCAUGGCUGCUCAGGCUGGCCUGUUCGCCCCUCAAAUGCUCAAACCGACCAAUUGGCAUCACAUCAGCCGUCGACCUACGAGGCUUCCAUCUCCACGGCCUGCGUCCCGGCACGGUCUACCUGCAGAACCUGCUCGCAUACACCUGGAUCAACACCACAGCAGGAUCGCUAUUGUGCUCGCCACUGGGCACGGCGGCCGCCCUCAUGCGGACAAGUCUGAAGCGGCAGCUCACGUUACCCCAGGUGCAAGCAGCUGCCUACCUGACUCAUGCCGCUGUGGCAAGGACGGGGACACCAGACUUCUUCACGGGCAAAGACAGCUUCCUGGUCUCGGUGAGCAGCUUGGCCAAAGCGAAAUACUGGGAGGCCGUGGACUUUUCCCCUGCGAUUCUGAAGGCUGGCAGCGGAGGCGAGCACGCCGGCAAGCCGUCCUGGCAGAGCAGCACACCGCGGUCGGGAAUGAAGCCGAGUUGUCUGGUUGUGGUCCAGGGGAGUGACUUGAAGGGCAAUUGGUUCGCACAGAUGGUUCUAUCUCAACGUACGUGGGAUAUGGUAGGCCACGAGUUGUCCAAGUGCUAG